UCGUUAUACUUUUUUGGACGAUCAGAAAUGUCAAAUUGUUUGUUAACUUCUUUAGUCAAGAGCUGGCCUUUGCAACUGCAAAAACUGGGCAGUCGCUGCGUCCUCAUUCGAGGUGCCAAGUACUCCCUUGGCACCAUCAAUUGUCGCUAUACCAACUUCUCUCCUGAGCUGGAGAAGACCCUGCAGUCGGAGAUAAAUUUUCAGAGCAUCAAAGAACUCUCUAAGUAUUCAGCCCGCCACAUUAAAUGGCAGCGCCGACAAGACCAGUCGGAUCUGCAAUAUUUCAACUAUUUGUUGCUGGAUCCCCGCGUGACAAACAAGCUGCCGAUUCGGGCCUCGCGAAUGCACUGCAUUGAUAUCUGGUUUACUUUUCUAAGGGCCAUUUUCUAUGUGGGCAAAGGCAAGGGCAUCCGCCCAUACGUCCACUUCAUGCAAGCCGACAAACUACUGGGCAAGCCGGACAGCAUCAAGCAGGCCAAAGAUCCGAAACUAGCGUUAAUUUUGUCCAUUUGGGAGCAGAAACGCGGUGUUCUGCUGAUGCGUGGCUUCCGCGGCAUCUCCUCCACCGAUGCGCAGACUCGCGAGGCCUCCAUGAUCAGUGCUCUGAGCAUGAAUCAUUUAACCAAUCGACGACUGGGUGCUUACUUCGGUCCGGCAAAGGACAAAUUUACAGCAACGCAGAGGAAGCUUCUGGGAAUUGCAUUGCUCUAUAAGCUAAUGGGUCAUUUCAUUUCAAAGGAAGAGCGAGAAAUUCAUCCUCAGAUACAUAAAUUGCCAGCUGCAAAGGCAGCCUAACAUUCACACAUAAAC